UUUGAAGAAGUUUGGCAGGUGCUUUUAGUUUCUGAAAAACCGAAAAAAACAUUUUUCAUUAAUAAGAAGGUAAGGUAACGCAUAUCUAACUCGCAAGCAAGUCUUCUACCUUCCUGAACCUCAACCUGUUCUUCGUAAAGAUGGUACUGGAAAGCGCAUACACCUCUUGUUUUUUGUUAGAUUUCAUCCAGAAGUGCGGUGGCUACGCCUUAGUCGAUGGCGGCUUUGCCACUGAACUCGAACGACACGGUGCUGACCUCAACGACCCUCUAUGGAGCGCCAAAUGCCUUAUCAGCUCCCCUCACCUCGUCCGAAGGGUACACCUCGAUUAUCUUGACGCUGGGGCAAAUAUCAUAUUAACAGCAUCUUAUCAGGCUACUAUUCAGGGUUUUGAGGCCAAAGGGUUAUCCACAGAAGAAGCAGAAUCAUUACUUCGAAGAAGUGUCGAAAUUGCCUGCGAGGCAAGGGAAAUUUAUUAUGACAAUUGUACCAAAGCUUCUUGGGAUUUUGUGGAACGUGGAAAUAUAGCAAGGCGUCCAGUUCUGGUCGCUGCUUCCAUUGGCAGCUACGGGGCUUAUUUAGCUGAUGGCUCAGAGUAUAGUGGCAACUAUGGCGAUGCAGUUUCUCUCCAAACACUGAAGGAUUUUCACAGGAGAAGAUUACAGAUUCUGGCCAAAGCAGGAGCUGACUUGAUUGCAUUUGAGACGAUUCCAAAUAAGCUUGAAGCAAAGGCAUACGCUGAGUUGCUUGAAGAGGAAGGCGUAAAUAUUCCAGCAUGGUUUUCUUUCACUUCCAAGGAUGGAAUUAAUGUGGUUAGUGGUGAUUCUAUCUUGGAAUGUGCCUCUAUUGCAGAUACUUGCAGGCAAGUUGCCGCUGUUGGAAUCAACUGUACCCCUCCUAGAUUUAUCCAUGGACUUAUUCUCUCCAUUUGCAAGGUUACAAGCAAGCCGGUAGUCAUAUAUCCAAAUAGCGGUGAAACUUACAAUGCUGAGCGCAAGGAGUGGGUGAAAUCAAGUGGAGUAUCAGAUGAAGAUUUCGUUUCGUACGUAGGCAAGUGGCGCGAGGCUGGUGCUUCUCUUUUUGGUGGCUGCUGCAGGACUACUCCAAAUACUAUCAGAGCUAUAUCUGGGGUUCUCUCCAACAAAUCUUCACCCUCUUUAAGUGAUAAAAUGGAGAUGUGAAUGAUGUGAAACAGAGACUGAGGAUCCGAAUCUUAUAUCAACAAUGGCCUUGUAGCCCAAUGCCAUCUCUGUUUUUCAUGUCCCUAAGUGGAUGCAACUUAGUCCUAUCCUUUUAUAAAUGAAAUAAACAAAUUUCAAUUUUCUUUUCCAAA